AUGGAAAGAAUCGAAGCCUUUCACAGCGGCCACUAUCUAAAUUUGGAUGGUAAUGAUUACCUCUAUAAAAAAAAAAGUUCAAGGAACGAUGCGACCUAUUAUGAAUGCUCGGUCGAGGGGUGUUCCGCUCGCAUUACAGAGAGAGGAUUCAUCAUAAACCUGAGCGUCGGCCAUCACCAUACUGCCAAUGUAAUUGACGUUGGAUUGCUAAAAUUUCGUCAGGAAUUACGAAGGAGGGCGGCAUCCGAGAAUACUCCCUUACAGGAAAUAUUCCAAGAACAACAAAGAAGGUAUCCGGAUGUAGUGGAAUUCGUUGGUUCCUACGAGAAAAAUAGGAACCUCCUUUAUCGAGCGCAGAAGAAGGGGACACCUCCGGUACCUUCAAAUUUCACGGAAUUGAUGCAUUCCAUUCAAAACCCCACGAAGUAUGGUGUACAUCAUGAGGAAGUACAAGGGAAGUACGGGAAGUAUGAGGAAUUAUUAGGAAGUACGAGGAAGUAUGAGGAAGUACGAGGAAGUACGAGGAAGUACGAGGAAGUACGAGGAAGUACGAGGAAGUACAAGGAAAUGGCAGAUACCAGCCAGACUGGAAAUUUCUUCAAAGGAGCUGAAGCCGCCUUGAAUUUGAUAAUACCAGAGAUAGUCAAGAAUAUUAUGAUUAUCAAUGGUUAUGAUAAUGAAGGCAUCAUUGCCAAUAUUGAUGAAUCUCGUUUGGAGGAGAUGGAGACUUUUGCAAGAAACGAACUGCACGAAAUUUUAAAACCCGAAGAUCUGCCUAAAUACUAUGGACUUCACUCUGAAAAACCAACACUUUUUAAAUUUAUAAGUGGCCAUAAACAGACUAUACUCAUGCUGGCUAAUUACUCGCGGGAGAACUUUACUAGAAGAAGAAUGAGCACCUCUAAAAAUAAAUCUAAAUCCAAUAAUAAUUCCGAGUCAGACAGUUGUUCCAGUAAUUCUCAGACUUCUGAAAUUUUGAAAAACAUCAAACAUGCUCCAAAAUUAACAGAAGAGAAUGCACUAAUAUGGACCACGUUGAAAAAAUGGGCCAAAGAACGAACGAGCAGUGAUUUAUGGAGAGCUGUAUCAGAUCGUUUUGAUGAUUUGGUUGUAUCGAGUUCUUUUAACAAAGACGGUGAUCUAACUUGCAAUAUUGAAUGCUUUUGCGGUGUUAAAACAAAAAUUCAGAAGUUGUCCAAAACACAAACAACUCCUAAACGUUGGAUAUAUGCUAACUUUCAUAAACACAUAUUGCAAAGGCACAUUGGAUCAAACGCGCCACCUCCUAAAACAGUAAAAAAUAAACUUAUAACGUCUUUUUUGUUACCUAAUGAUGCCCGAGAUCAUACCCUUGCAGAUGCCUCACAAGAUGAAGCAAGAACUCAAACAAGAAUAAAUAUAAUCCAAUAUAUUGCCAUUCCUUCUACCUCGUGGUCUACCUCAUCCAUUGGCAUCACGAAUAAGGACGCCGUCUCGGACGAAAUUAUUCUUCGAGAAAAUGAUCGAAUAGAUCGCGAAUCCGAGAUACUUUCCGAAAAAUUGGUUUCUGACGACAAACCAAGUGCAAAUUUGAAGAAUGCGCUACCUUCUAUUAGUACUUUGAACAGAUAUCUUCAAAACAAACGUAUUCCAAUAGAAGAAGGAGUCAUGAAUUUUGCUGGUUUGCUCAAGUUUUUGGAAGACAAUGGGCUACCAAAAAUCGUAUGGAUAUCUGAAGAUGGCACAAGGAUAACUGGAAAAAUCCAAUAUGAUGCUAGGACGAAUAAAAUAGUUGGAUUUGUUUUACCACUGAAAAAUGGAAUGCCACAAACCGAUACGUACAUCGCGACAUCGGCGACUACCAUUCAAAAUUACUUCGAAACGGGCAUUAAAGCUACAUAUGCCUAUGUGGUAAUGGCUCAACCAGUAGUGAGUAAUUCACCGUCAUUCUGCUUGUCGAUGUUUGGCACUGACAAUAAAUUCACAGCUCAAGAGGUCGUCGACAGAUGGGAGUAUAUGAAGAGAGUUGCUGAGGAAUAUGGGAUCACAAUUGCUGGAUUCUCAUCUGAUGGCGAUACUCGGUUACUGAAAGCUAUGCGGAUCAAUUCCAGCCUUCCGUUAGAAAAUGGGGAAAUGUUUGAAUGGGAAUGGUUUCGAAUGAAUCCAGAUAGAACUGAUGAAGUUUAUUUACAGGAUACAGUCCAUAUAUUAACAAAGAUGCGUACACGAUUCUUAAAGCCAGGAAUAGUCUUACCCAUGGGAGAUCAUAGUGUAACUGUCGAACAUCUCAAUCAAUUGAUAACUACCAUGACCAAAGAUAAACACUUGAUCACACAUUCAGAUCUUAAAGCUGAAGACAAGAUGAAUUUUUUAUCGGCGCAGAAGAUAUGUUCCAUUCUUGUUAUAAAUAAUUUGAAAACAAUUCCAAAUAGCGUUGAUAUAUCUAUUGUUCCUUCUCUGGAAGAACAAUACCAAAAAGAAAAUAAAGCUCCAACUUCGACUUAG